UUCUAAAGUCUAGUGGCCCAGGCACCGGGAGGGGCUCGCGGUGCAGACCCACGGGCUGAGGCAGAUCUCGCAUUUUGGAUUCCUGCUGUCCUAUAAUGAGUGACGUUGUGCCGUUAGACGUCAUUGGUAGAAGAGUUGAAGUUAAUGGGGAAUUUGCAACUGUGCGCUUUUGUGGUGCUGUUCCUCCGGUGGCAGGACUCUGGUUAGGAGUUGAAUGGGACAAUCCAGAGAGAGGAAAGCAUGAUGGGAGCCAUGAAGGCACUAUGUAUUUUAAAUGCAGGCACCCAACAGGAGGCUCCUUUGUUCGUCCAAACAAAGUUAAUUUUGGAGUAGACUUUCUUACUGCUCUUAAGAAGCGUUAUGCUGAUGAUGACGGAAAAUCAAGUUCCUUAAAACUUGGAAGUAAACAAGUGCAAACUGUUGGUUUUGACAGUAUCACAAAGAAGCAGAGUCAGCUGAGAGCACUGAAAGACAUUUCCCUGUGGAAGUGUGCUGUGAGUUGUGCUGGUGAACAAGGAAGAAUUGCUGAAGCCUGUCCCAAUAUUCGAGUUGUUAAUUUGUCCAAAAACCUGUUGUCAUCUUGGGAUGAAGUGGUUCUUAUUGCAGAGCAGCUCACCAACCUGGAGGAUCUCGAUCUCAGUGAAAAUAAACUACAGUUUCCCUCUGACUCACCAACUCCAGCUGGAGCAUUUUCUAAUCUGAAGAUUUUAGUCCUAAAUAAAAUGGGAGUAACGUGGGCUGAGGUGCUGCGCUGUGCCCCUUCAUGGCCAGUUCUCGAGGAACUCUACCUCAAGUCUAACAGUAUUUCCAUUUCAGAAAGGCCAGUGAACGUCCUGCAGAAGAUGAGGUUACUAGACCUUUCCUCUAACCCAGCCAUUGAUGAAAGUCAGCUGUGCCUCAUAGCAUAUCUUCCCAGAUUAGAACACCUACUCAUUUCUGACACUGGGCUUUCUUCUAUACAUUUUCCGGAUGCUGGAAUUGGGUGCAAAACAUCCAUGUUCCCGUCUUUGCAGUACCUCGUAGUCAAUGACAACAAAAUAUCAGACUGGUCAUUUAUCAAUGAGCUAGAUAAAUUACAGAACCUACAGGCUUUGUCCUGUACUAGAAACCCCAUGACUGAAGGAAACAAAGCAAAGGAAAUCAUCAUUGCCAAUAUUGGUCAGCUGAAGACCCUAAACAGAAGUGAGAUUCUUCCAGACAAAAGGCGUGGAGCUGAGCUUGACUACCAAAAAGCCUUUGGAAAUGAAUGGAAAAGGGCUGGCGGACAUACGGAUCCAGACAAAAACAGGCCAAAUGCAGAGUUUCUUUUGGCCCACCCUAGAUACCAGCUUCUCUCAUAA